AUGUUGUCAUCCAACCCUGUACCACGCUUUGCCGAUGGCGAGGACUCAUCGCAGCUUGGCUCAGAGACCAAAUCUCUGCAAGAACAGGGAUGGGUGCUAGACACCGAUGGAAUGGGAUUCACCAAGACAUUUAGCUUCAAAAGCUACUUCAAAGCAGUGUCAUUUGUGAACAUGAUCGCCGCGGAGAGCUCAACGAAGAAACAUCAUCCAACAAUGACAGUACGGAUCGGAUCCGUUGAUGUUCACUGGACGACGCAUCACCCACGCGGUCUUACAAACAAGGAUAUCAAGAUGGCACAAUUCUGUGAGAAUGGAUCGGAUCUAAUGGGUGCUGUGGCAUCUGGUCACGGGAUAAAGUGUGGUCCAAAAUGA